UUUUUUUUUCCUUUGCGCCUACAAACAAGCAACGAGAGAGAGAGAGUCUCUCUCAAUUUCUGGGUUUAAGCUGAUCUGGAGUCAUCGAUCUCGACUCUCUGAUAUUUUUAGCUUGAGGGAAUUUAGGUUUUUCUCUUCCUUCUGCUGCAUUUCUUCUGAAUUCUCCUCUCUCUUGUUUUUGGCUUUUUGAUAGGAAAUGGAGGGAUCAGGGGGUACUAGUCUUAGUGGGAUGGAAUUGAUUACCCUUAACUACAAGCUCGGGAGAACUCUUGGUAUCGGUUCCUUUGGUCGUGUGAAAAUAGCUGAGCAUGCUUUAACCGGACACAAGGUCGCUAUCAAGAUCCUCAAUCGUCGCAAAAUCAAGAGCAUGGAGAUGGAGGAAAAGGUGAGGCGAGAGAUCAAGAUUUUGAGACUGUUUAUGCAUCCCCACCUCAUCCGUCUCUAUGAGGUGAUAGAGACACCGACAGAUAUUUAUGUUGUCAUGGAGUAUGUGAACUCUGGUGAGCUUUUUGACUAUAUUGUAGAGAAGGGUAGGUUGCAGGAGGAUGAAGCUCGCAACUUUUUUCAGCAGAUAAUAUCGGGAGUGGAAUAUUGCCAUCGGAAUAUGGUGGUUCAUAGAGACCUCAAGCCUGAGAACUUGCUUUUGGAUUCUAAAUGCAAUGUAAAGAUUGCUGAUUUUGGCCUGAGCAACAUAAUGCGUGAUGGUCAUUUCUUGAAGACAAGCUGCGGAAGUCCAAAUUAUGCUGCCCCUGAGGUCAUUUCGGGCAAAUUGUAUGCUGGCCCUGAAGUAGACGUCUGGAGCUGCGGUGUGAUACUGUAUGCUCUUUUGUGUGGGACUCUUCCGUUUGACGAUGAAAAUAUUCCAAACCUGUUCAAGAAGAUAAAGGGAGGGAUAUAUACACUUCCAAGCCACUUAUCACCCGGGGCUAGAGACUUGAUUCCGCGGAUGCUGGUGGUAGACCCCAUGAAACGAAUGACAAUCCCUGAAAUCCGUCAACACCCUUGGUUCCAAGCUCAUCUUCCACGCUACUUGGCUGUUCCUCCUCCUGAUACAAUCCAGCAAGCCAGAAAGAUUGAUGAGGAUAUUCUUCAAGAAGUGAUCAAUAUGGGGUUUGACAAGAAUCAUCUCAUUGAAUCUCUCCGCAGUAGAGUCCAGAAUGAUGGAACGGUGACAUACUAUCUGUUAUUGGACAACCGUUUCCGUAUAUGCAGUGGUUAUCUGGGAGCCGAAUUUCAAGAGACUAUGGAAGGUGCUCAUAACCGAAUGCAUCCGGGAGAAACAGUUGCAUCGCCUGUGGGGCAUCACCAAGGAGUGGGAAUGAGAUCACAACAAUACCCUGUUGACAGAAAAUGGGCUCUCGGACUUCAGUCUAGAGCGCAUCCACGUGAAAUAAUGACGGAAGUACUGAAAGCACUGAGGGAACUGAAUGUAUGUUGGAAGAAGGUCGGACAGUACAACAUGAAGUGCAGAUGGGUUCCUAACAGCUCGGAGGGAAUGCUCAAUAAUUCCAUGCAGGACUCCUACUUCGAUUCCAACAUUGUAGAGAAUGAUGCUGCUGCGGUCAAGCCACCAAACGUGGUCAAGUUUGAAAUUCAGUUGUACAAAACAAGGGAGGAGAAGUAUCUGUUGGAUCUGCAGAGGGUGCAAGGUCCUCAGUUCUUGUUCUUGGAUCUCUGCGCUGCCUUUCUUUCUCAGCUCCGUGUCCUCUGAGGUUCUAUGUAUGAAAGCCAAACUCCCACACCCUCCCUUUGCCUCUCCUACUUAUCGUUUAAAAAAUAAUAAUAAUAAUGCAGCGAGUGAUGAUCAUGUAUUUUUUUUUUUUUUUUUUUUUGGCUGCUUUGUACUACCACUGCUACUUUGAGAAUCUCUCUCUUCACUUGUUGCAAGAUGAUGAUGAAGAAGAAGAAGAAUCUAUGUACAUAAGCUCUUGUUCUUUUUUUUUUUU